AUGAUUGUAAAAACUUUCUUCUUAAUUCUCUUGGCCACAGCAGUACUGUGCAAUCCAUAUGGUGGUAGAUCAAAGAUUGACGUUAAUGCUAAUCAAGGAACAAAUGUCAAUGUUGUUGGUAAAAUAAAGUCUACAAUUGAACUUAAUGCUAAUACCAAUGCCGACAUAGUUAUUGAAGCAAGAGACCAUUCCAGUAUUGCAGCUAACGCUGACAACCAGUCUAACUCUAGACUUAAGGCAAGCAGAAAAUCUUCAAUUGAAGCUAACGCUGGAAGCGGAGCCAGUUUAGAUGUAUCCAGUAAUAACUGGUCUGAUAUAAACGCUAAUGCAGAUACUAAAUCUAGUCCCAAACUUAAAGCCGACAGAAAAUCUUCAAUCAACACGAACGAGAAGGCUAGUGCCAAACUGAACGUUUUGAGUGAUAACUGGUCAAAUGUGAACGCUAAUGCUGAUACCGGAUCGAACUCUCAACUUACGGCCAACAUAAAAUCGUCAACUGACGCUAAUUCCAAGGGUAGUGCUAAUCUAGAUGUCGUUAGUAGUAAAGGAUCAAAUGUAAACGCUAACGCUGACACUGGGUCAAGUUCCAAACUAACGGCCAACAUAAAAUCAUCGAUCGACGCCAAUGCCAAGGAUAGUGCUAAUCUAGAUGUCGUUAGUAGUAAAGGGUCGAAUGUGAACGUCAACGCAGAUACCAACUCCAACUCUAAACUUGCAGCCAAUGGAAAAUCGACAAUCGACGCCAAUGCCAAUGGUGGUGCCAUUUUAGAUGUUUCGAGUAAUAACUGGUCAGAUGUGGAUGCUAACGCUGAUACUGGAUCAAAGUCCAAACUUAUGGCCAACAUAAAAUCGUCAAUUGCCGCCAACACUAAUGGUGGGGCUAAUCUAGAUGUCUGGAGUAGUAAAUUGUCAAGUGUUAACACUAAUGCUGAUACUAAAGCUAAUUCGAAACUUACAGCUAACAGAAAAUCGACAGUUGGUGCAAAUGCUAAUGGUGGUGCCAAUCUAGAUGUCAUGAGUAAAUACUGGUCAGAUAUUAAUGUCAAUGCUGAUUCCAAUUCCAACUCUAAACUGGAUGCAAAUAGGGGCUCAAAGAUCGAUGUCAACUCCCAGGGUGGCAGUAACCUCGACGUAUUAAGCAAGAAUUGGUCAACUGUUGCGUCAAAUUUGGAUAGCAAGGCUAAUGCGAAAAUUAAUGCAGUCUUAAAUACACAAGUUGAAGCAAACGCUUGGAAAAGCGCAAACCUUGACAUCCAAGGAGCUGAAUAUGCUUUUAUAGCUGCAAAUGCUGGUGGCAAAGUUAACUCCAGAGUUAAUGCUCAGAUUGCAAACCAAGUUGGAUUAAAUGCCGAUAAGAGGGCAAUUGUUAACAUUGAAGCCUCUGAUUAA